CAGUCAGUGACCGUAUGGGAUUGUAGUAGGAGUGCGGCUGCGCGCGUUAAAAAUAUCUCUCCGCUACCGCCGAUUAAUUAAAAAGAAAAAGAACACAAAGUGGUCUAUUAAAAAAGUUCUUUUAAAAAGUGAAAAGUUGCCAGUAACAUUGUGCGCUUUUUUAAAACGAGUUUUAAUUUUCUAAUUGUUAUUUUGCUGUGGAUUCGCGGAAUAGCUAUCGUGUGUUGUAUUGUUUGUGACUUCGAUGUUGUAUGCUUAGGAGGAUGUUAUUAUUCCCGCACACACCUUCUAGGAAAGAAUUUUGAACUUUAAUGGGAUUCACGUACUGGAGGGUGUCGUCGGUGUGAUGGUGCGGGUGUUCACGGUGCUAUUGCUGGCAACACUGUGCCGAGCCGCCACUCUUGACUCCGAGCUCGGCGUCGGGAAAGCCAUUAACAUAUUUAUGAGAUAUGGAUACCUCAGCAUCUGCAUGCGAGUCGUGCCGCGUAACGACACGGAAGGCUGGGUGUUCCGCGAGCCCACAGUCAGCGUGUUCCGCGACGUGGACCGCUUCACCGUCGCGCCCAAGCCACGACACGCCAAGACACUCUUCGACGGAGACUUCCACAUGGAGUUCUGCGAUAACCUGAAGCAGUUGCUGCAGGCCUACUUCAGGGACUUUAGCUUCGAGAGACUGGAGCGGCCGUGGCGCGCGUUCACGGCGGGCUGGCCGACGGACAUCAUGGCUCGCAACCUCGGCAUCAACUCCUCCUUCAUCACAGGCGACCACUGCUACGUGCUCGUCAGGGUUUCCAGGUUCCGAGAAACAGGAAAACUGAGUGAUCUCCCGCCAAACAUAGAUGUGGAGGAUGUGGUGUUCGACGCCAUACAAGAGUCGAACAUAGGAGACACAGUGUCCAUAGCAGACUUCAUCAGGAAAUAUGGGUCGCAUUAUAUCGCGUCCUAUGUUACUGGGAAUUCCCUUUAUCAGGUAUUUGUGUUUUCCCGUGGCGUGUACUCUCGCAUCAAGGAGCGAGUGAAGUCACGGGGUGUAACCGACAUACCCCCGGCGGAGAUGGCCAACUUCUUCUCUCCGUUCUUCGCUGAGCACGUUGGGGCCGUCAAGGUGGCCAGUGGUAACAAAACAGUGGAGAAUUGGGCGAUGAAAAGGCUCAGGGUCCAUUACUACAUAUUCUCGUACCCAAGCCUUCUCAAGCUGCACGGAGAGCCAACCUUACUCCGUAACUUGGACGUGUUGCUAGGCAACGAGGCGUUACUCCAAUUGGAACUGAAAACAUUGUCCCCAGCGUUCAAAGACGCUAAGAAGAAGAAGUGGUUCGAGGAAGUGAUAGACAAUUACUUGAAGUUAUGGGAGAGUAACAUGUGAUGAGUAUUUUAGACGAAUUUAUUUGAUUAUUAAAAAGUUAUUAAUUUCCGUGAAAUUGUGAGGUAGUAUUAUAAAAAAAAAACAUAUUUUUACAUUAACAAUGGUUAAACAGAAAGCUCGGAGAGGUGUGGGUAAUUUGGUCAUCUUGCGAUGGAUGUACCUUGGAUUACCCCAAUUGCAAUAUACCAUAUACGCUUGAGCUUAUGGCGUGUUAUGACAGGGUAGCUCAAAAAUGAAAGAGUUAGAAACGCCGACAUUUCGGCCGAUUCGAUUGUUUAAAUCUAUUAAUUUGUAAUGGUGCUAAUUUUCCAAAUAAAAUAUUAAGUUGACAGAAAUAAACAUGGUCGCGAUUUUACGGAAGUUAUGCUAGAGUCGCCAUUUUGAAAUUCCAUAGUUUCUUUUAGAAUAUAUUUAUAUUUAGAUAAUUUGGAAACUAUCAACUGAAUCUAAGGUGCUAUAAACAUACAGCCUUGUUGAAAAUGACUUUUAUCUUAUCGUUUAUAGUUUAAUAUGCAUUUAUUUUGACGUAUGGAAAAUUCAUGCAUGUUUAAAGAUAGUGUAAGUACAAAAUCGAUCACUUUUUAUACAUAAUGUUAUGAUUGGUUUAAUUAAAUAGAAGUAUUGUAUCUUCGUAUAAAUUCAGGCAGAAAAAUACGCCUUAGAUAGGAACAAAAUGUGAUCAACUACGAAAAAUAGUGAAUACAAUCUACUUAUUGCUAAUUUUAAGUUAUAGAAAAUAUAUUUUUACAAAAUUAUUCUAUGAUAUGUAUUAUGUAGAUUAUAUUUAUACAAUUUAAAUGGAAGUGCCUUGAAAGGGUAGCUCAAAUAGAAUAUGAAUGUUUAUUUAUUUUCAGUUUGAAAAGUUUACAACGCCAUCUCUGGGCGGUUUGUGGAAUUUUCUCAACUUAUAGAUCAUUCAGUAUUGUGCAAUAACAAUAUAAUUUACGUGUCUAUGUACAACGUAAUGCGGGAUCAAACUUGAACUUGAGAAUGCAUUUACAAUUAAUAAUAAAUAAGUAUUAGAUAAAUGAUGUAAAUAUUUUCUAGAAAGUAAAUCCAUAAAAGCUGAAAAUAAAACUGUUUUAUGACUA